GCGAACCCGACCAGUGUUGGUUCGACUUUCUAGCGCGUUAUACGUACCGUGGUGUAUAGAAAUCGGCGCGAAAUCCAUCGCGAGUGUUUUGUGUUGUGUUGUGACUGUGUUCAGGAUCUUGCAAAUCUGGAGCGAUACGCGUUUUUUGAGAGGACCCCUGUGUGUAAUGCAGCGAUGUCGACACGCGCGGUGAGGACGGCGCUGCUCUGCGCUGUCUUGCUGUUCAUGCAAGCUAGCGCCGAGCUCAGAGGCAGGUGUCCAUCAGAAGCGGGCGCUUGUCCACCCAGAGCGUCCCCGUGUAACAGCGACGAUGAGUGCGGGGAACAGAUCUGCUGCAAUACUUCGUGUGGACAGGCUUGUGUGGACCCUUUGUAUACUGGCUGUGAAAACAUUAAGCUCUCGUCAGAGCGUAUAUCGCGCGCGCUAGCAGCAGAAAACACGCGUUCUGGCCGCGGCCUGAAGUCCCUUAGGACACCAAGGUGCAGGCAGAGUGACGGAGAGUUUGAAGAGAUACAGUGCGAUAAUGAGAUCGUCAGUUCUUGCUGGUGUGUGGACCCUGCGGGUUUUGAGAUCCCUGGUACCCGCGCGCCCGCUGCCGGCCUAGUGAACUGCACCCAAACGGCGGCCUGUUCCGCGCACAUGUGCAGGAUGUUCUGUCCGCUCGGGUUCGAACUUGAUGCUCGAGGUUGUCCAUUGUGCAAGUGUCGCGACCCGUGUACGGGAGUCACUUGCCCGGGACAGUUGUCGUGCCAGCUGGAGGAAACGCCCUGUUUGCGGCCGCCCUGCCCGCCCGUGCCGACGUGUAAAAGAGGACGUAGUCUUCAAAACAUCUGUCCUGUUGGAGAGCCAUUGCUAAUAUCAGAAACGAGUCGACCUUUCCUCUGCGGAACGGAUCCCGGAAAACCAAACUGUCCCCCGCUAUACAGAUGCCUAGUUGAAUCAGGAAACGACUACGGCGUAUGCUGCCCAGCGUCUCUAGAACUGCAAAAGGCAGGAACAUGCCCAGUUCCUUCCACAACCGACCUGGACUGUGGCACCCCUUGUGCCCAUGACCUGGAAUGUCCUUCAAUGCAGAAGUGUUGUGACGGUGGUGAAUGUGGAAGACAUUGUACAUUACCACACAAUGUGACCAUGUGUAGGCAGCAGAAGAUGUUGGCUGAAUUAUUGGUGGUCAGUGAGAAGGAAGGAAGGGGGUACGUGCCACAAUGCGCUGAUGAUGGCUCGUUCCAGUCUAGACAGUGUUCGAGGAAUGGAUUGGUCUGUUGGUGCGUUGACACUGAAGGCAACAAACUGCGCGGUUCCAUGGGACCGUCUGCUACUGUAACAUGCUCCCCCACCCCUCACCCCGCACGUACCGGGGGGCGAAGUCUCCAAGCAUGUGCAAGAGCCCUAUGCGCCGGUGUGUGCGAGUACGGGUACAAGAGCGGUGCGGACGGGUGUGCGACGUGCGAGUGCGAUGACCCGUGCGAAGGGUUCCCGUGCGCCGGUGGGGAAGAGUGCGUGCGAGUGCGCGACGCGGACUGUACCGGCGAGUUCUGUACGGGGUAUCCUGUGUGUCGACCACGAGUGUCAUACGAGAAUCCUUGCGAAGUGGGUGUACCAGCUACAGACGAAGACGGCUCAGUAGUAUCCUGCGGAACUCAACGUGACUGUCCUUUGGGACACAUCUGUGUAACUGCGCGUAGAUCUGGUGGGGAUGUGUGCUGUCCUGAUGUUGGCGCUGAUAACUCUACUGAUAGCGAGGUUAUUGAGAUUAACUUCGAAUCAUGUGGAUCAGAAGCUGAAGCGAUGUGCAGUCUGAACUCCACCGCGUCUUGCCUUGAUGGGAACUGUGAAGAUGGACUAUUGUGUUGUUCCACGUCCAACUGUGGGCCUAUUUGUGUGGACUCGGAUAAGAUUAAACUGCAAACGGAUAGAGUUGAUGAUACGCCGACUAUGUGCGAAUACUUACGCGACUUUGACGAAAAAAUGGAGGGUACUGUAGAUGGUAUGAAGCUUGCCCUUCCCGCACCGACUUGUGAAGCAGAUGGCUCCUUUACAUCACGUCAAUGUUCAAAUGGCCGCUGCUGGUGUGUUGACACCUUUGGCACUGAGAUACCGGACACUGCUAGCAAUGGAACUGAUAUAGAUUGUGACAAGGUCCGCUCCGAGCUAUCCUGUCUCGAACUCACCUGCCGCAUGGGCUGCGACUACGGGUUCGAAGUUGGCGCCAACCGCUGCCCCACGUGCCGGUGCCGGGACCCGUGCGCUGACGUCACGUGUGCUGAGGGCCGCGCAUGCGCAUUGGUGGAUGUGGCGUGUGACGCGGACUACUGCCCGCCUGUACCUGCUUGUCUGCCCCGCAAAACUGGUCAAUGCCCGUACCUAGUCCCUUGGACGGGUGCGUGCGAGUGGGCGUGUCGUUCGGACAGCGAGUGUUCUGGGGAACAGCGGUGUUGUGCGACUGGAUGUGGUACUGCGUGUACUGAUGUGAAGCACCAUUCGCCUUGUCAGCAGAGGAGAGCUCUAGCGCUCCACAAAGCGGCGGAAAGCGGAAACCCGCCCGCUUGGAGCUGGGUGCCAGAAUGUACGGAAGAUGGCGCCUACGAGCGAGUGCAGUGUAAGGGCACUGAGAAAACUUGCUGGUGUGUUGACGUGUCUGGCAAUGAGAUCCCCGGCACCAGAUCAACCAACUCAACUCCCCCUUGCGACAGCCCACUCGAGUGCCCCACCACACACUGUUCGCACACAACCUGCCCGCACGGACGGGAACUAGACAGCACAGGCUGCCCCACCUGUGCGUGCAGAGACCCGUGCGCGGAGACCAAGUGCCGCGCGGACGAGACGUGCGAGCUGCUGCCCGUCGAGUGCGAGGGUGACACGUGUCCCCCGCUCGCGCGCUGCUCCCCGCGCCCCCAGUGCCCGUGGGGCUCCGCCCUCACGGCGCCCGACGGCUCAGUGCUGCGCUGCGGGCCGAGCGCCGCCGCCUGCCCCUCUACACACGCCUGCCGCUUCGCCCCUCACGACUCCGCCCCAGCUGUGUGCUGUCCUAAGCCACGUACUGUAUGUUUCGAGAACAAGGACGAAGGCGACUGUUCAGACGCUAAAGGUCUGAACGCAACGAGAUGGUUCUUUAACCCAGAACGCAAUCGCUGCGAGAGAUUCAAGUAUAACGGUUGUUCUGGCAACCACAACAAUUUCCGAACGAAAGAAGAAUGUAAUGCUGUGUGUCCUGUGGAAGGGGAUACAGCAAAAUUGACCCAAAAGAAGAUUGGACCCAUGUUGACUGAACCAGAAGUACUAAGUCCGUGUGAGAGACUGCGAGAGAAGAACGAAGGAGCCGCCCAGAAGUAUGGAAAAGGCACUUUUAUACCCAAGUGUGAUGCUGUAGGCGGCUGGGAACCGGUGCAGUGUAUGUCGCAUAUAGACGUAUGCUGGUGUGUGAACGCCCGCGGUUCCCCACAAAAGGGCUCGCUGGUGCGCGGCGCGAGACCCAACUGCAACUUCCGGCAGGCGCGCAAGUGGGCAGCUGACCCGCUUGAUGAAAGAGCUAGAGCUGAUGAGGUUCUAGAAGAAUUAAUUCGACAAAUGACAGCAUAUAGAGUGGACGAAUUCGACGAUGACAUUGAAGAGUUUGACAGUCUUGAACUAUUGGAACAGCACAAUGAUGGAGCUUCAACAGAAGGUUCCAAGGAAGAUACUUCAGUUCUCGCUGAGGUUGUGGAGCCGAAGGUUGAGGUCACCAGGAGGAAGGAACUGCCGAUUAUAGUGCACAAGGAAAAGGUCGCGUUUAAGACGAAAUGCCAGAUGAUGCAAGAGGAGAAUGAGAAUGCCAUAGAGGGGUGGAGUCCGCGCUGCCAGUCGGACGGCGCGUUCGCCCCGCGGCAGUGCGCGCGCGGCCGCUGCUGGUGCGUGGACGCGGCGGGGCAGAGGCGCGCGCACGCGGGGAAUGUGCCCGACGCACCGCUGCCCGACCCUUGCGAAAUAACCCAAAUCGAAUCCGCGCAACUAGAACUAGAAAUCAUCGGAGCCGACUCUACCACGGGCGAUAAAGCGCGCUCUACACUUGCGUCGCGACUCGCGGAGCUCGGGGCAAGAGUUGCAGUGUCUGUGGCGAAGGAGCGAAAUGUUGUCAAGUUGCGGGCGUUGUUGAGCGGCGCUAGAGCUGCGGACCUCGUGUAUCAUGUGGAGUCUAUGGUUAAAAAGGAGAAAUUAGAAGGCGUAGACAAGACAGGGGACGGUGUGCUGGGUGCUGACGUCAUCCGCAGUGAAUACAGACUCGUUGCAGCUCCGCCCACGCCCGCUAUGCACAGGGAGAUUGUUAGCGAAUCUACGGUAUCAGCAGCCACAUCCUACCACACAGCGUUAAUUGUCCUAGCAGCAACAUCCGCCUUCAUCAUCAGCGUGCUCUGCGUCCUUGUAAUGUUAUACCGAGCGAGAUUACAGAGAGAGCCGCACAAAGCGGAACGUUUCCUCCCAGCCGCUCCUCCAGUGUAUGUCCUCUCUGCGGAUGAAAAAGCGGAACUAGCGCGAGUCUUACACGCUCAAACAAACGACGACCAGUCGAGAGUGUAGACACACCUUUAUUAAUUAAUUGCAUAACUUCAUAACUUCUAUCGCGGGCCUUGAGCGCGGGGACCGAAUCGAGAAAUUCCGUAACGAAAAAACCUCACGCUCUCCACUCCGACGGGUGGAGGUGU